UACUUUCUUUGACUAUGUUCAUAGUAUUUUUUUUCUUUCCUUUUGAAUUUUUUAUGUUUGUGUUUCCAUUUUUGUUCUCUACAUCUCAUCUAUAAAUAGAAACUCAUCAUUCUUCUCUUCCAACUUCCUCCCUUUAAUUAGUAUCAAAAAAUGGUGAAAACUCUUCAAAAGGCUACAAAGAGAAUGUCAUCUCCAUCAUCAUCAUCUUCAUCAUCCUCAUCAACAUCAUCAUCAUCCAUAAGGAUGAAGAAGUACAAGGGAGUGAGGAUGAGGAGUUGGGGUUCAUGGGUUUCAGAGAUCAGAGCUCCUAAUCAAAAGACAAGGAUCUGGCUUGGCUCUUACUCAACCGCUGAAGCCGCGGCCAGAGCCUACGAUGCAGCGCUCCUCUGUCUCAAAGGAUCAUCAGCUAAUAAUCUCAACUUCCCUGAGAUCUCUACUUCUCUAUACAAUAUUAUCAAUAAUGGUGAUAAUAUCAAUGACAUGUCCCCUAAGUCCAUACAAAGAGUAGCUGCUGCUGCUGCUGCUUCAGCCAACACAGAUCCUACUUCCUCAUCAUCAGUCUCUACUUCAUCUCCAUUGCUUUCCUCUCCAUCUGAAGAUCUCUACGAUGUUGUCUCCAUGUCGUCACAGUAUGACCAACAAGUCUCCUUGUCUGAAUCAUCAUCAUGGUACAACUGUUUUGAUGGUGAUGAUCAGUUCAUGUUCAUUAAUGGAGUUACCCCUCCGUAUUUACCACUUUCUGAUGAUUUCUUUGAGGAAGGAGAUAUCAGAUUAUGGAACUUCUGCUGAUUUUUCUACUUAAAUCAUACCUUAUUCUUUGUUUCAAUAUAUAUACUUCAGUUAUGUAAUUUAUACAAUAUCUUAUACAUUUUUUUUCUUCUCUUUUUAUCAAUUCUCACAAUGUAUCGAACUUUUGGGGAUCUUUGUACCAA